AUGAGUAGCCCAUUACCAUUAAAUAAGAGCAAUGAUUUGGACUAAUAGGGAAUAAAACAAAUUUCUGGUUAGAUUAAUGAUCAAUUCAUUGAUACUAUUUUCAAUAUACAAAGAUAGAGUGUGGACUAAGAACCAAAAAGGGAAUUAAAGUAACGAGUCAGAUAUACAGAAAAGUUAUCAAAGAUUUAUUAUUUGUAUUUGAAAUUGAUUAUGGGUCGAUAAUUAAAUGAUGAAGAGGAUGAAGAAUUUUUAGAAUAUUUAGAUCAUAGAUCAACUGAAAAAGGAAGAAUACUUAAAAUGAAAAAUAGUUUUGAAUAUGUAGAUGAAUUUGAUUAUCAUAUGGGUGAUGUUGUAUUAAGGUUAUUUAUAUAUUUAAAUUUAGUUUUCCUAAUCCAGAUUCACCUGAAGUAGAAUAUGUGUCUUAAAUGUCACCAAUGGAAGCUAUUACUUUAUGUAUGAAUAGUUUCAAUCUCAAAAAUAGUGGAACAGACUUUGAAGUCAUUGAUAACUUAGUCUUUCUUAAAGCUAUUGAGGCCAGUAUAUUUAUGUUGAGCUAAGUCUUUGAUGAUGAUGAAGCUCCAAUAGAAGAAGUUGUUUAAGAUAGUGAUGAUGAUGAGGAGAAAUAGAAAAGUAAAAAGAAAAAGAGGACCAAUAAUUUAAUGCGUGCAGGAGGUGAAAAUGAUAAAAUUUCUAUGGCUGCUAUGAAAAUUGAUAAUAAAUUAAGAGCUAUUAAAUAAUCUGUUAAGGGAAAUAAAUUAUAAGCAAUAAAAGAAAUCUUCAAUCUAGAUUAUGAUAAAUUAAAUAAAAGCAAAAUUAAAUAUAAAAUGGCUAAGGGAAAUUAUUUUCAAUAUGAUAGUGUUAAAAAAGAAUGGAAUCGUACUAAAAAUGAUACAGAAGAUUUUACUACACUUAUUAGACAUAUUGUAAUGAUUCAAUUAUCUAAAACUGGUUUUAAUUCUAGAUAAUUUUUAUCUAAAGAUGGUUCAAUCAUAUUUGUUGUUCUAUAUUAAUGUGAUUAGAACUUAGGUAUAGUUGCUUAAACACAUUCAAUUACUAAAUAAUUAUAUAUGUAAUUCUCAGAUUUACUAUCUUUGGAACCUGUUGAUAAAAAUCUCAGACCUUUAAGAUUGAAUAAUAGAUUAUGGAGAGAUUAAGAAGAAUAUGCAUCUGAAAAUUUAUCAGAAAAUUUUCUCUAUUUAAAACCUAAAAUUUAAGAAUUACUUAAAGAAAUCAAUUUCAAAAAAAUAGCAAGAGAAUUGAAUCUCUCAUAAUUAAAUUAAUAAUUAUUCUCUAAGGAAGGAUCUGAAGAUAUUAUAGAAUUUGAGGGACCUACUGAUGCAAUGUGGUCUGCUUAUUAUUCAUAUCUUAUGUAUCUCAAAUAACCAAUGAGAUAAUUGAGAGAAGCAUUCAGGAUUAGUAAUGAAUAAGCAUUGACUAUUAAUAAAACACCCUAUCAUUUAUAUAAAUAAAGAUUUCCAAAUGAUUAGAUGUUGGAGAAUCUCAAAAUGUCAGAAAUAAAAAAAUUAGAAGAAUUUGUUUCAGAAGAUUAGAUAGAAUAAGAAAUAGAAUUACAUGGUAGACCAAACGAGAUCUAUAGAGUUCUAAAGGGAAUAUUUAGUAUAGUUUUAGAAUAAAGAGAAAUCUAAAAUAAAUACAGUCUUAUAAAAAGUUACUUCCACUUACCUAGUUAUAAGAAAAUUACAAGUCGAUAGAUCAAAGCAUCAAAAAGAGAAAUGUUAGCCAUGAAUUAUCUUGAAUUAUUAUAAGAAGGUUUGGAAGUCACAAACUAUUUAAACAGAUAAUUAUUUACUAUUUGGGAUAUUAUUGGAAUCUAACCUUUUGAACCAUUUAUUCCUUACAAUAUUACUCCAAAAAAUGUAGCAUUUAGUUCAUAGAUUAAAAUGAAUUCUAUAUGGAAGAAAUAUAGAGUAACUGAGACAGGGAGGAUCUCUCUAUUUUCAACAAUGGAAAGAAUGAAAUUAAAUAAUUUGGCUUUAGGUGAAAAAAUCAAUUUCUCAAUUCUAUUUUCUAGACAUUUAGCAAUUUCAGCAUUCUGUUUAAGUGAUGAUUUUGAAUUAUUUGGUAAAACAAAUAAAGCAUUGUUUGAUCCACUAUUUGAAGAAGAAUAUGAUCAUGAAAUAUUAUUAAAAGAUGCUCAAUAUUCUUAUUUCUAUAGAGAACUCAAACAUCAUGAAGCUUAAGACAAGAGAGGACCUAAUAAAUAUAUCUUAAAUGAUUAUAGUUAUGUGACACCUAAAUUAGAGAACUUGGCUUUCAUAUGGAGAUUUGAAUAUAAAUAACCCUGGUUCAUUCCAACAUAAUAAAUACGAGAGUAUUAUGGAGAGAAAAUUGCUUUGUAUUUUACUUUUUUGGGUUAUUAUACUAUGAUGUUAUUACCUAUUGGAUUUAUAGGUUUAAUAAUUAGUAUCAUAUAAUUGUUAGUUUGGAAUCAAAAUGAUUACAAUUACAUUAUGCCUUAAAUAAUUUUUGGUAUGAUUUAAAUUUAAUGGGCUAAUUUAAUGUAUGAUUUAUGGUAACAGAGAGAGAAAGUGUUUGCAGCAUAAUAUGGUUAAGGAGAAGGUGGAUCAGGAGAAUAAGCUUAAUAGAGAUCUGAUUUUAUGGGUAAUUAUGAAAGAUCUAUUGAAAAUGAUAAUUUAAAUACAUUGAAUUAUUCAGAUCUCAAAAAAUUUAUGAGAAUUUUAUUAACUUUAAUAAUAUAAAUAAGUAUAUUGGGAAUAUAUGUUGGAAUUGUAAUUGGAAUAUUUUUUAUUUCUGAAGAAUUACAAAAUUCAGAAAGAAUUAAAUCAUUAAUUGGAAAUGAGGUUGCAUAAUUAUCAGUAACAAUACCUGCUUUAAUUAAUUUAGUAGUAAUAUUAAUAUUGGAUCCUUUUUUUGAUAAAACAGCAGGUUCAUUAACUGAUUAUGAGAAUCAUAAAACAAUAACAGAAUAUGAGACAAAUUUUGUUUUUAAAAAAUAUUUCUUAUCAUUUUUUGCAAUUUGUGGACCUGUUGUUGAAAUAAUGUUUGGACAUGAAGUAAUAUAUUAGUAUAUUUUAGAAAGUAGGUUUGACUUGUAUAAAUAAUGAUUGUUUGAAACAUGCAUAAUAUCAUUUCUCUUCUAUUUUUUUACUUCAAUUUACAUUGAAUAUUUGGGAAAUUAUGAAACCAAAAAUAUAAGUGUUGAUAAGAUAGUUAAGUGAGAAAAAAGAUGAAAAGGCAGAAGAAUAAAAAACUAAAAAACUUGCUUCUCGUAUUGAUGAGAUAAGAGAUGAUGAUGAAGAUGGUAGAAAUGAAGAUUUAAAUUCAUAAAAAUCACAAAGUCUAUCUCCUGAUAGAGCAUCAUCAAAAAAAGCUAAUGAUCAAAAUGUUUCUGAAUAAUAAGACACAUAAAAGAAAGAAACUCUUACAAGAGAUACAAAUCCAUUUGAAAAAAUAAAUAAUUUUAUUGAAAAUGAAUUCUUAUACAAAGAGUCUUAUGUUAUCAGUCCUGAAAGAUAUGGUACUGUAGAUGAAUAUAUGGAAAUCACACUCUAAUAUUCAAUGUUGGUAUUAUUUGGUACAACAUUUCCAUUAUGUUUUUUUAUUGCAUUUAUUUGGAAUGUAGUUGAAUUGUAGACAGAUAAGUUAAAAUUAUUAAAUGAUAUGUAAAGACCAUUACCUUUAGGUGAAUCUACUAUUGGAGUAUGGAAUGAUGUACUUGAAGGAUUAGCAUAUCUAUCUUUAGUAUCUAAUAGUGGAUUAAUUUCUUAUUCUAGAGACAGAAUAGUUGAUUAUAAUCCAACUAUUAGUUUGCUUGCUUUCUUUAUAAUUAUAUUGUUAUCUAAUUUCUUUCUUAGAUAUAUUGAAGGUUCAAUUUUUGGAGAGAUUCCUUAUGAAAUAUAGAAUUUAAUGUAAAGACACUAAUAUUUGAUCAAGAGUACUAUUGAGAAAUUUAUGGGUUCAGGUGAAAAGUAAUCUUCAGAAAAUUAAGGAGAUGAAGAUAUCAAAAGAUAUCCAACUCAAAAGAUAUAUGGUUGUUUAUUAUAGGAAUAGAAAACCAAUUAAUAUGAAGAAAUAAGUUCAGAUUCUGAUGUAGAAGAUUAUAUUGUGAAUAAGUAAAAGAAAAAAGAGAAAUAAUAAUAAUAAUCAUAAAAUACUAAUUCUCCUAAAAGUAUGAAAUCAUCACCAAGAUCUGCUUUAAAAUCAGAAACAUCUAAAAAAAAAACUAAAUCUAAAUUAAGUGUAUCUACUACUAUGGAGGAGGAAGAUGCUAAAUCAAAAAAGAAAAAGGAAUCUAUAGAUUCAUUAAAGAAAUAUUUGGCUACCAGACCUUCUAAUUGGGCUAUGAAAUUUAAAUUAAAAGAUUCUAAUGAUCCAGAAAUAUAACAAAAACAAAAGGCUUUCUUUUUUAAAACUCUCAAAUUUUUGAAAAUGUUAAAUGAACUUAAUCCACAUUAAAAAUUAUGGACUGAUGAUCGUUUCACUUUUAGAAAAUGUUUCUUAAGAAGACAUUUAGUUUUAAUAAGAAAUCUUGAUUGGAGAAGAACCCUAAUAUUUUAGGAGAAUCAAAAUAAAUUAAGACAUGAUUUAAAAGAAAGUUAACAUGAAAAAUAUAGAAGAUAAUUGACAAUACUAAAUUAAAAUCUUGAUAUCCAUUCUAAUUUUAUUGAAAAAAUGGAAAUAUUGAAAAAGAUAGAAGAAUAUGUAGAAAAACAUUUAUGGAUUGAUGGUCGUAAGACUAUAGUAUUUAAAGUCUAAGGAGUUUGGUUUAGUCAAUAUCGUAAAAGUACAAGAAAAUAACCAGCUAUAGCUAUUGCUAAAAAUUAUGUUAAAUUACUUACUAAUUAUAAAUCUGUAUUUAAAUAAUAAGGUAGAGAAAUAGAUACUAAACCUAUUGAUGAAAGAUUCUAUUCUUAUAUUAAUAGUAUGACUCAAACUCAAAUUUAAAAAUAUAGUGAUGAAGACUAUCUAAAAUUUGUAGAUUCAAUAUAAUUGUUUCCCAAAACUAAUUUACAAUUCCCUUUGACAUCAAAAGGAGUAAGUUAAGUGGAAUAGGAAUUAGAUGCUUAUAUUGGAUUAGAUUUGAGAAAGUAAUUUAAUUUAAUACAUUUUACUUAUAUUCCUUUCAGGAUCUAAGCACCUUAAGUCUCUAUUUUAAGAAAUUAGAUUUGGAAUUUAUUUAUUGAUUAAUAGAUUGCUAAGGAGUAACCAAUGUUAUAUUUCAUUGUUCCUUUAGAUACUAAGAAAUCUUUACAUACAGCCACUUUGGAAUAUAAUGUCUUUGCUGCUAAACAACAAUUGUAUAGAUGGUUAGUAUCUUAAGUUUAGAAACCAAAAUUAUCUGAUGUGAUGGUGUUUUUUUAGACUGAGAUUCUAUAUCAUAGGACUCUACAUAAAGAUAUUAUAAAUAGAGUUGCUAGAUUCUAUGAGAAAAUUACUGAUAUAAGAUAUAUGGAAUUGUAAUUGAAGGUCCCUAUUUCACCUCUUAAAUACUUAAAAAUAACUCUUGAAGAUCCAAUUGUUAAUAUAAGGGAUCCAGUUAUUAAAGGGUAUUUGAGUAGAGCUUAUGGUGCACCUAAAGGAUUCAGUAUUUGUAAUGGUAAGACUUUUAAGGAAGUUUUACUUAGUAGAACAAAUUAUUAUAGUGAUUAAGAAAUUUGUGAAUUUUUAGUAAGUGUUUUGGAUACAUUAUCAUUUGUUGAAUGUGAAUAGGGUAUGUAUCAUGGGAGUAUUAAUUUAUCAACGAUUAUAUUAUUGAAGAAUUAAUAGCCAAAUGAUAUUUGGUAUACAUAUAGUAUGAUAGAUUUUGGAAUGUUUUAUUGGUAUGAUUAUAAUGAUGAGAAAGUGUAUUUUACAAGAGCCAUAGAAUAAAAUGAUGAAUUAUGGUAUAUGAGUCCAGAAUUAAUAACAAAUUAUUUGAAUCCAAAAUUUUAGAUAGCUAUAUCUCCAUAGAAAUGUGAUGCUUAUUCUUUAGGUAUGGUUGGUUUAUAGAUGGCAACACUUGGAAAGAUGGGAAUUUAGAUAGAAUAAUUGUUGAAGGAUUAAGAAGGAGAUGUAGAGAGAGCAGUAAAGAGAUGGAUUGUGAAUAGUAAAUAAUAAUUAACAAUGAAGUAUCCAAAUACGAUGAAUUUAGUAUUGUAAUUGAUAAAUCCAGAUUAAAUGCAAAGAUAAUUUCCUAGUUAGAUUUAUUAGAAACAUAAAAAUUAAUAAUCAUAUAAAGAGACAGAUGUUAGAAUUAAUUUUGAUGAAGCAUUAUUUCAUUAAAUUAGAUAGAAUACAAAUCCAAAAAUAACAAAAGAUUAAAUGGUUCGUAUAUUUGAUGGUAAAAAUACUCAAUUGAAUGUAAAUGUAAAGGAUAAGAUAUCAAUAUAAGAAUAUUUAAAAUAAAAUAUAUAUAAAUUUGAAUAACAUUUAAAAUUACAUUAAUUGGAUUAAUUAGAGGAAGAAAUUGAAGCAUUUGAGAAGAAUAUGUUAUAAUAAUUUUUUUAUUAAUUGCCAUAUGCUAAAGAAACAGGAGAUAUUAUAUCUUGUAUUGAUAAUUAUUGUAAUAAUUAAGUAUAUGAAAUAUUAAGUAGUAAUAUACAUGAAUUUAAAUAUAUGGUACUUUAUCUAUUAAGUAAAGUGUAAAUGAAUAUUUUGAAAUAAGAUUAUCGUUAUGCAUAAUAAUUAUCUCUAAAAUCUUAAGAAAUUAUUAAAGGAGUAGAGAUUACAUGUGUUCAUUUAUUACAUGAUAUUACAAAAACAGAAGAAGAACGUUAAAAGAUUUAAAAUGUUCAUUUGUCAAUUGCAAAUAGAGAAUAAUUAUAUGAAUUACAAGUUUCUAAAGAUCAAUUAAUAAAGAAUUGUAAAGAUGAUAAAAAUAAACUAAAAGAUGUUAAAUAAUUACCAUAUAAAUUAAAAUAGUAUGGACAUUUCUUUCAAUAAGCUUUAAUUUACAUUUAUCAUCUUUAAUAAUAAUAUUAAUUGGCUCAUGACAUUUCUGAAGAGUAUAUUAUAGAUACUUCAGGAGAAAUAGUGCAUGAUGUGAAACAUUCUAAAAAAAAUUAAUAGGGUUAAUUUAUUAUUAAGGAAGAUAUUUUAAUAAAAAUGGUAAGUAGAUUAAAAAUGUAUUAUAUGAAAGUGUAAAUAAGUUUUGAUAGUUGGAGAGAUGCUGAUUUUUAGUAGAUUCAUGAUUUAUUAAAUGAAAUUAAUAUUUUACAUAGUUACAUUAAAGUAGAUGAAGAAAAUUUAGGAGAAAUUGAUAAAAGAAAAUCUUCAUUAGUAAGAUAAUAAUUAUAAAAUACUUAAAUCAAAAUUAAAGAAGAUUUUUAAAGAAGUUUAGAUCAUACAUUAUAAUGGCUCUACAGAUAAGGUAAAUUUUUAUAAAUCAUGUAAUUAAAUAGAAGUAAAGAUAAUCAUGGUAUUUUAAAGAGAUUAAAACCUUAUACUAAGAAUUUUACACUUUAAAAUUGUUUAUUAAAUUAAUUGAAUCAAAUUCCUUAAUUAGGUUGGACUGGAGAAUAUUUUGCAGAAAUUAAUGAUGAAAAAUCUAAUUUAAAUAUAUUCAAAACAGUAACUGAAAUUAUGGAAGAAGUUUUCUUUAUUUCUGAGAGUUUUGGUCUUAAAUCUUAAAUCUUUUAAAAUUAUAAUAAAUAAUUAUUGGCUCUCUUAAUUUAUCAUUGUUCUCAUUUACUCUAUUAUAAUCCUAUUACUAUAAGUGAAGGGAUAUUCCAAGGAUUUAUGUAAAUAUUGAAGGAUUAAACUACUGAAUUAUUGAAUUGUAUUCUAAGUAUUAAAAUUCUACAUAUACUAAUACAUACAUAAAAUCAUUAAUAUCCAUAUAUUACUAAAAAAGAAUCUAAUAAUAUUUAGGCUAUCACUCCAGCAAUUAUGGAAUAAUCACUUAUUAAAUAAUUACAUACUUAUUAUUAACCAUUAUUACCAUUUUUCUUUGAAGAAUAUAAUUCAAAAAAGAAUAAUAAUUCUUGGUUAAAGAACAAUCUAAUGAAUAAUUUAAUCACUGAAUUAAUAUAAGGAUAUUUCUUUAUUAAUAGUAAAUAGAAUUUAGAAUCUUUUGAAGAUGAACAACUUGAUACCUUUCUUAAAUCUAUAGAAGCUAAACAUGCUUCAGAAGAAUCAUUAUGUAAUAAAAAUGGAUUCAUGGUUGUGGAACAUAAUUUAGCAAGAGCAAGACUUUGUUUAUUAUCUUAAAAUCAUCAAUAAUUACCUGUUAUUUUAUAAACAAUUAAUACUUCAAUGGAUUAAAUAGCAGAAGAGUUUGUAUUGUAAACAGACACUAAACCAUUGAUUUAAAUGAUUCUCUUAUCUACUAUUGAUAUUAUUACUAUAGUUUAAUAUUAAUUGGGAGGAAAUUCUUUUAGUUAAUUGUGUGAAUUUAAAUAAAUGCCUUGGAUAAAGAAGGAAAAAUAUGAAAGUUAUUAUGAUAUCAAAUUUGUUAUUUUAAAAAUCUUAGAUCUAAAUCUUAAGAAUCAAUAAUUAGAAUUUGCAUCAGAAUUAUUGAAAUUUACUUUAAUGUUAUUUGAAAAUAAAUCAUUUCUAUUCAAUUCAACACAUUCAUCUUUCUAUUAAACUUUAUAAAUUUUUAAUGUCAAAAUCUUUGCUUAUUCAGAUGAAAUUCGUUUGAAUAUUUUAAAAGAAGAUAAAACUGAUGAAAGAUAAAUGGAAGAUCUCUUUGAAUAAGUAUAGAAGGCUUAAAGUUUUACUAAGAGAACAAAUAAUUAUUUAGAAGUAAGUAAAUUAUUACUUUCUUAAUCUCUUGAAUAAAAUGAAAUGACAUAAAUUAAAGCAGCAUUGGCAUAAAUUGAUUCAGCUUCUUUAGAGAAUUAAGUUGUUUUAUGUUAAUUAGGUGUUAAGUUAGUAAUAUAUUAGAUGCAUACUGGAUAAUAUUCAGAUGCAGAUACUACAGCUUCUAAUGUAUCUUAAAAAUUGUUUUAAUUAAUAUACUCAUAAUUAUGUAAAGUAGCUAUUAGAUGGUAAAGUGAAAAAACAUUUUAAAAAACAACUAAAAAAGAUUUAAAAAUAGAAGAAAUGUUCAAAAUUUUAAAUUAAACUUCUUAAAUAUAUGAAAAAUAUGAACAUAAUGUAUUAGCACUUCUAGAACCAAUUAAAGAACUCUUUUUAAAUGUUAGAUAAUUUAAAACAUUAAAAUAAAUAAUAUUUUUAAGAACUGUGUUUUAAUAUCUUGAAAGUUUACAUACAUUAGCAAUUAUGAUGAAAGGAGAUUUUAAAUUAGCAUAAGCAAAUUUAUCUUUGUAAUAAUAAUUAUUAUUAAUUUUAGUGUGGAUAAAUUUGGUUAACAAUCCUAAGUUGAAGAAAUUAUAACUUUAAAUUCAAAUAUUCAAAUGAAUUUGGAUUUGAUUAUAGCAGAUUAUAUGAAAGGUAUUUAAAAAUCUUAAUUAAUGAUACAAACUAUUGAAGAUAAAUAGUAAUUAUUAAAUGUUUAAAUUAAAACAAAUAAAAAUGAAAGAGUAAUAUUUAUUAUAUUUAUUUUUAUUAUUAGAUCUUUUGUAAUUUAGAAUUUGAAAAAUAUUUUGAAAUCAAAAGACCUGAAUAAGAAUCUACUAAAUAACUUGUAUUUUCUUAUGAUUAAACAUUAAUGAAAAGUGCACUUAGACCAUACUUUGAAAUUAAUAGAUUAAAAACAGAAGCCUUUUUAUGUUAUUUAGAAUCUUCACUCAAUGUUGCUGAUAAAUUAACUUAAGUAGUUGAUCCUAUGUUUGCUAUAUAAAAAUAUGUAUAAUAAUAAUAUGGAUCAAAUCAUAUAUUUAAUGCUCACAUUUAAAGAUUGAUUGCUGGAAUGUAUUCUGAAUUUUUAACUACAUUGAGAGUCAAAGAUUUAGAAGAAUAAUUAAUUGUAAUUAUAUUUAAUAUUAUUAUUUAGACUGAUACUGAAACUAAAAUUAAUGCAUUUAAAGCAGAAUUAAAUCAAAAAACUAUUAAGAUUUUAGAAAGCAAAGUCAAAAAUAAAUGUUCUCCAGCUAUGGAAUAAAAGUAUUUAGAAACUAAAUCAUUCAUUUAAUCAAAGAUAACAGUUCUUGAAGGAAUCAAUGAAGGAUUAUCAAUUGAUCUAGUAUGCAGAUGGUCAUUAAUUGCAGCAAAUUAAUCUUUUGCAAUUUACAGGAAUUUUUGUCAAGAAUAUUCAUAUGAAUAUAGUCCUUAAUUAGCUUAUCUAUAUUCUACUUAUUCAGAUAUCUAUUUUGUAUUAAAUUAAAAAUUAUCACUUAGAUUUAAAGUAAAAUAGUUUCAACAAUGAAGUACUUAGAAGAAGCUAAAAGUGCUUAUGAAUUUUGUUAAACAUCCAUUUACAAUCCAGAUUAUUGUAAAUUAACUUUUAGAUAAGGAUAUUUAAGAUAGAAUAUUAUGAAUAUGAUAAAGAAUUAUGUAGAUGUUUUGAUGGGAUUAUCAUUAUUAAGUAUUCUAUUUAAUUAAAAAUAGCACCAUCCAAAAAAUUUGAGAUACUCACUUUAAUUCUUAAAGAAGAUAAAACAUAUUUACAACAUUUUGAUAAUUAUAAGACACAUGGAUUUGUUAGAUUUUUAGAAUAGAAUUUAUUGAAAUAAUUAGAAUUGGAUACUUUAUCUGGUAAGAGAUUACCAGAUUUGCAAAGAAAAGAUUAAAAGAAAUUAAUUUAAUUCCUAUAAGUUGAAGGAGAUAAAUUAGCCUUUUAAUUAACAAUUGAUUAGAAAGCAAAGGUACCUACUCAUACUAUUGAACUAAUAAUCAAAGAUGGUAUUGAGACUCUAUAAAAGGAGAAAAUAAAGAUGGAUUAUUCAGGUGAAGAAUACUUUUAAAAGGUAUAUACUUAUAUAUAUAAAUAAAAAAGGCAUAUUAAAUUUGCAAGGCUUUAUUGCCAGUAGAUAAUCCAUUAUGUUAGAAAUUAGAGUUCUAUGCAGUUAAAUAAAAGUCUAAAGCCAAAAGAAGAACUAGUACAACUUGA